GUUUUGCUGCAAUUUACAAAAGGAUACCAUUAAAAUGCAUCCAGUUCGGAAACGAUCAUCCAUUUACCAAGACGUUGACUUAACUUAUACGGUGCAGAAACUGAUAUUGUACUUGAGUUGUGCACUACAGUACUCUCUACAAUAGCUCCUCCAGCAAUUAUGUUGAUAUAUUGCACAUUGUUUUUUGAGUAGUUUAUUGCCUACCCGGAAACGUGUCGGCUGCAAAAAUGUUAUGCUACUUGGUGACAGCUGCACUGGAAAAACGUGCCUUCUGAUUCGAUACAAAGAUGGAGCUUUUCUAAAUAACAAUUUCAUUUCAACAGUUGGAAUUGAUUACAGAAAUAAACUAAUCACAAUGGGAGAUAAGAAGGUCAAACUUCAGAUUUGGGACACCGCGGGACAAGAACGUUUUCGAUCAGUGACCACAUCAUACUACCGCGACGCCGAUGCUCUUCUCUUGGUCUACGACAUCGCCAAUCGUGCAAGCUUUGAGAACUGCCGGAACUGGCUCUCUCAAAUCAAAGAAUAUGGGAAAGAGGCGGUACAAGUGACACUUGUUGGCAACAAAUGUGAUUUGCCAAGAGCAGUACCGACGGAUGAGGGAAAACGUCUUGCUGAGGCCUAUCAAAUUCCAUUCAUGGAGACGAGCGCCAAAACUGGGUUCAAUGUAGAUAGAGCAUUCCUCGGAUUGGCAGAACGAAUGCUCAAGUUGAAAUACGGUUUUGUUCCCGGAGGUGAAAUGGCGGACACGAUUUCCGUCGCCGACACCAAGAAGCCGGAAAUCGCCAGAUGUUGCACGUUUAAUUGAAGUCUCAACGACUGUUUAUAUUUUUGGCUCAUCUACAAUUUUUCAUUUUAUUUUCCCAAUUUUCAUUUAUUUUAAACUCUCAUCCACGAAUCUCUCCCUGUUAGUGCAAUUUCUGUGAUCUCAUUCUGAGUGUAUUGAUCCGAUGAAAAACAAAUAUUCUCAUCUGGUGGCCGAGUCAAAAUGGUUUUUAAAAAACUCUAGAAAAACCUAUAUUAUUUUUGAAUUAGGAAUCAUGUACCAGUGGCAAAACUCAGACUAUUCUGUAAAUUUCAUAUAUUUUUUCCGACGCGAACGCUAUUUUUGUAUUUACAAAACAAAUAUAAUAUAUCACCGCAAAAUGUUUUAAAUGAUUGAAUGUCAAAUGAAUAAAAUAGUUGCAAAAACAAGAAGUAUUUGCAAAUAUGUCAAGUUAUGGAUUUUUGUACUUUAUGAAAACUUACCUGUUUCAAAUUAGUUCCAUAAUUGGAAACAUCUUAUUUGUGAAAAAGUUGUUUUAAUCUUGUCUUAUUCUUAAUUCUGCGAUUUAUAUUCAAAAUUCUCCAGCAAAAGAAUGGGAGAGGCAGUUUUGACCUCUGUGGAUAUAAUUUUAAGUCCCGCCCAGUUAUUGUCUUUUUGUACACUUUUCAUCAAUAUAACCAAUAUGUUCUUUUUUAUUCGUUAUAUCACAGUUAAUUUGCGUUGUGCGCAUAAUUUUACAAUAAAUGAACAUAAAACAAAA